UUGUGAGGGAAAGCUAACAGAAGUGUUCCCGUAGACAGACGCCCACCAGAUCCCUUCCCUGUCUUCUUCAACCUCUCGCUACCAUCAUCAGCUCUCUUUCUCCUUCGCUUUCAUCGGCUCCCUGUUCUGUCCGUCUACCAAAUCCUCUGCACGUACUAAUGGCGACGAAGGGAUGGGCGAGCAAAGUCUCGGCAAUAUCCGCUCGAGUAUACUUCUUCUUGAUCAUCCUCCAGAUCCCUCUUUUUAGGGUCCCAUGCAGGUCCGGCAUGUGCACAACACCGAUACAGGUCACAUCAUCUCAGUUGAUUGCGAGUGAGAUCUUUCCUGCCCCUGUUGUGAAAGCCCUUCUGUAUCCCGGAGCUAUCGUGCAUGGCCUUAUCAAGAACACGACUGUUCCAAGAUGGGGUGAUUUGCUAGAGAUUUAUAACUUGAACGCCAUGAAAGAAGCCUCACCAGUAGUUGACCUACACCGCUUAGAGGUGCUCGCAGGAAGCUAUUUCUGUGUAGCGGGAGCAAUUGUGGGCAUUCUGAAGCCUGGGAGGAUGAGCAUGUUUGGAACACUGCUUGUGAUUUGGGGCCUUGUUAAGGAAGGGAUGCUGGGAAAGCCAGUGAACACGGAUCCUGCAAGAGCAGUUUAUGUUUAUCCAACAAUGGUGUUAGCGUUAAUCUGUGCCCUGUCCUCCAUCAAAUACGAUGUAAAGAAAGCCAUGAGGGCUGCAGCUGCUCGGCCUAUUGCCAAGCCAGUGGAGAGGUCAUCUAAAUCUAAGCUCAAAUAGAACUGUAUCUUUGUGGUUGUUGAACGUGUUGGUCAUUUUUGCCAUGAGUAAUGUUUGUUGUUUAACGUACGAAGAGUUUGUUUUCUGCUUUUGUUUGUGAAUACUAGACAAUUAAUUGAUAAUACCUUUUCACUUCUGCA